CAUUCCUCCCGGAGUGUGAGUAAUUUCUCAUUGUCUCUCUCCAGUGAGCACAUGUGCCCUAUAACAAAAAUCUCUCUUAAAAAAAAAGCAAAAAUGAAACAAAAAAGGGGAGGGUAAUCACAAGUUGUAAUAUGCAGACGGAGUAACAUUCGCUCGUGGACAUCAGCUCAGGCUUGUCUGGUGAGUGAGGUGGGUGUCACGGGGUCAUAGGUGUGGCAGUGGGGCAGAUGAGAGAGAACAUGGACUUCGACCUGAAGGUCAAAGGGCACUGAACGCUGAAUUGCCUUGGAACCUGGCCCCUGGCCCCACCUCCACCACUCACUGACCGUGAGCAGGCCCUCGUCUUCUCCCUGGCCUCUGCUCUUCCUGUAAAUGGGGGCAAUGAGCCCGAACCCUCCCACCCUGCCUGCAGAGGGGGUUCUGUCAUCCGCACAGUAAGAAAGCACGCAGAGGGGCAGCCCGAUGCCCGGGGUGGGCCCCAGCAGCCAGUUCUGACCACGGUGAGGUCCACGGAGCACCAUGUGAGAUAAGGCCGGCCUUUGAUCUGGGGCCUGCGGUCCUUCCGUGGGGGAAGUGGGCGUCACCAGGGGAAGGUGGGCAGCUGCCAGCUUGGAGUCCCCAUGAGUAUGAGCAAGAGUGUGAUGUGACUGAGGGGUACUAGGGCUGUCAUCAGGGUGCUCCCUGGAAGCCAUGCAAGGAGCCCCUGUGGUGGCCACCCUCUGCCCACUCAGCGUAAGAACUUGAGCUGCUGGGUCGUGCUCCCACAUGGCCUUCCAGCUGAGCUGGGAAUGCAGGUGCUGCCCCGGGAGCUCCUGAGACCAAGGCUGGGUGAGUGGUUGGGAUGCUCAAGGAAGAGUGUCCCCAGAGGAAGGUUAGGAGUUCUGCAGGUGGGAAUGCACCAAGAGUCCAGACACCGGAACACUGGCAGCCAGGCCUGGAGAUGGGGCUGGCCACAGCAGCUCUGAAUGCAAAGCAGAGAGCCAUGCUGGGUGAGGGGCUGGUUGUGCUCACACUACCAAGUGGCGGCCUGGGCUGUGGGGGCUCCCACGCCUCACACACACCCCCGUCACAUGGCUGCCCUCUGGAGGAGGGGCUCUGUGGACGGCUUUAAAGAUGCAGAGAAAGGCUUCAUUCUUCUGGGACCUCAGCCCACCCUAGCGCAGGGAGGGAGGAGGCUGGGCAGACCUACCAGACCAGGAAGGAUGAGAAGCACAGAAUGUCCUGGCUGAGCGGCCUCCCAGGAGGAGGUGUGGAGGGGGCACUGAAGACCGAGUUUGUCCCCUCCAGGUGGGGGACUCCCUGAGCCCCAAGGGUGAGGGUUGGGUCCCUGCCAGGCACUGUCUGGAUUGUGACUGGGCGGGCCAUCCUCGGGCCAAUCUCAUUCCAGCCAGAGAGAGGGUGAGUCUGAGGGCAGGUCUGGAGGUGUCCCGGCGCAAUGCGGCUGGCAUGGGGGACACCGAGCCCUCUCGGUGGCUCCAUAAGCUGAGUAGGGCAACUGGAGAGUGAGGGCCCGUGGGCAUCCGGGACCCUCCACUGCCCUGCUUGCUUCGGACAGGACGAUGUCUGUGCAGGAGCCCCAGAGGAGGCUGCUGGGCUCCCUCAACUCCACCCCCACAGCCACCGCCCGCCCCGGGCUGGCCACCAACCAGACGGGGCCCCAGUGCCUGGAGGGACCCUUCCUGGGGCUCCCCGUCCCUGCCGGGCUGUCCCUCGGCCUGGGGCUGGUGAGCCUGGUGGAGAACGUGCUCGUGGUGGCCGCCAUCGCCAAGAACCGCAACCUGCACUCGCCCAUGUACCGCCUCAUCUGCUGCCUGGCCGUGUCCGACCUGCUGGUGAGUGUGAGCAACACGCUGGAGACGGCCGGCGUCCUGCUGCUGGAGGCGGGCGCCCUGGCGGCGCGGGGUGCGGCGGUGCAGCAGCUGGACAAUGCCAUCGACGUGCUCAUCUGUGGCUCCAGGCUGUCCAGCCUCUGCUUCCUGGGCACCAUCGCCGUGGACCGCUACAUCUCCAUCUUCUACGCGCUGCGCUACCACAGCAUCGUCACGCUGCCCCGGACGCGGCGCGCCAUCGCGGCCAUCUGGGUGGCCAGCGUGCUCUGCAGCGCCCUCUUCAUCACGUACUAUGAGCACACAGCCGUGCUGCUGUGCCUCGUCGUCGUCUUCCUCGCCAUGGUGCUGCUCAUGGCUGUCCUGUACGUCCACAUGCUGGCCCGCGCCUGCCAGCAUGCCCAAGGCAUCGCCCGGCUCCACAAGCGGCAGCGCCCAGCCCGCCAGGGCUUUGGCCUCAAGGGCACGGCCACCCUCACCAUCCUGCUGGGCGUGUUCUUCCUCUGCUGGGGGCCCUUGUUCCUGCACCUCACGCUUCUCCUCCUCUGCCCCCAGCACCCCACCUGCGGCUGUGUCUUCAAGAACUUCGACCUCUUCCUCGCCCUCAUCAUCUGCAACUCCAUCGUGGACCCCCUCAUCUAUGCCUUCCGCAGCCAGGAGCUCCGGAAGACCCUCAAGGAGGUGCUGCUGUGCUCCUGGUGAGGGCUAGUUCCUGAGCCCAGAGCCCCCCAGGACAGACGAGGGUCCGGGCAGGACUCAGCAGCUGUGAGGGCCGGGGGAGCCUGGGGAGGCGGGGCCUGGCCAGGUGCAGACCCUAGGCUCCUGGAGGACACUGCCUGCUCCUGCAGAGCCCCACCUCCACUGGGGACUGGGCAACGUCCACCCCGCUGCGACAUCUCUGCUGCAAACUAUUGGGACUUGUGCCCUUAUACGCUGGGACACGUCUCUGGUUGGGAAGAGUGACAGGAGCCACCGAGGAAGGCUGUUCUCAGCAAGGGCCCAAGAGUGUGAGCAGAGAGGUCUGCCCACAGUCAUGCAGCGGCCUCUUCAGAAGGGAACUCGCUGCCUCUGGCAGGUCUGACCAGCGAGGACGGAGCGGAUGGUGACUCAGGGUCAGUGCUCGACACAGUGGUGACCAGCUUGCCGGGGGCUCAGCCAAUGUGUCUGCACCACCCCCAGACUGACAGCCCCGGCAGGUGCCUGCUGUGGGAGUCAGACCAGCCCCUGCGGACUCACGGUCGGAAAAGUCUGCUAAUAAAGGCUGUGGUUCUUCCAGAA